AUGUCAAGUGAGAAGGUAAAAAGAGUGGAAGCAGAUGCAACUGAUUUAUUAGCCAGUCUUUCAAUAGACAAAAGUGGCGAAAAACUUGAAGAAAUCAAAAAGGGAUCAACACCUGAUCCUUCUGAUUUAUUGGGUGGUCUUUCAUUAAAAGAAGGUGAUUCCAAAAAACCUGAAGAAAAGAAAGAAGUUGUUGAAGAACCUGAAAACAAAGAAAUUAACGACGAUAAGAAAGAUGAAGACAAAAAAGAUGAAUCAAAAGAUGAAGUUAAGGACGGAGAUGGAGCCAAAGAGGAAACCAAGGAGGAAGUCAAAGAAGAAUCCAAAGAAGAACCUAAAGAACCUAAAGAACCUAAAGAACCAGCUACUAAUUUAAUUAAAUCAUCUUAUGAAGUUAAAGUUAAAUUAGCUGAUAUUCAAGCUGAUCCUAACUCACCAUUAUAUUCGGUUAAAUCAUUUGAAGAAUUAGGGUUGUCACCAGAAUUAUUAAAAGGGUUAUACGCCAUGAAAUUCAAUAAACCUUCCAAGAUUCAAGAAAAGGCAUUACCAUUGUUACUUUCAAAUCCACCAAGAAAUAUGAUUGGUCAAUCACAAUCAGGUACUGGUAAAACCGCUGCAUUUUCAUUGACAAUGUUAUCAAGAGUUGAUCCAACCAUAAAAAUGCCUCAAUGUCUUUGUUUAUCACCAACUAGAGAAUUAGCAAGGCAAACUUUAGAAGUCAUUACCACUAUGGGUAAAUUUACCAAUAUUACUACUCAAUUAGUCGUACCUAAUGCCAUUCCAAGAGGUUCAUCAGUUAAUGCCCAAGUAUUAGUUGGUACACCAGGGAUUGCUAUUGACCUUAUAAGAAGAAGACAAUUAAAUCUUAGCAAAAUGAAAGUUUUCGUUUUGGAUGAAGCCGAUAAUAUGUUGGAAGCACAAGGAUUGGGUGAUCAAGCUAUUAGAGUUAAAAAAGCUUUACCUAGAGGAGUUCAAUUGGUAUUAUUUUCUGCCACUUUCCCAACUGAAGUUCGUGAAUAUGCUGAAAGACUUGUACCUGAUGCUAAUUCUUUAGAAUUGAAACAGGAAGAAUUGAAUGUUGAUGGUAUCAAACAAUUAUAUAUGGAUUGUCGUUCCGAACAACAUAAAUUUGAAGUUUUAUGUGAAUUAUACGGGUUAUUGACCAUUGGUUCAUCAAUUAUAUUUGUUGAAAAGAAAGAAACUGCCGAUGUAUUGUAUGGUAAAAUGAAAAAAGAAGGUCAUACUGUAUCUGUUUUGCAUGGUGGUUUAGAUAAUACAGACAGAGAUAGAUUAAUCGAUGAUUUCCGUGAAGGUAGAUCCAAAGUUUUAAUCACAACCAAUGUUUUGGCUAGAGGUAUUGAUAUUGCAUCUGUUUCCAUGGUGGUUAAUUAUGAUAUGCCAACUGAUAAAUAUGGCAAACCAGAUCCAUCAACUUAUUUGCAUAGAAUUGGUAGAACUGGUAGAUUUGGUAGAGUUGGGGUAUCUAUUUCAUUUAUUCAUGAUAGAAGAUCAUAUGACAUUUUGAUGGCCAUUAAAGCAUAUUUUGGUAAUGUUGAAAUGACUAGAGUUCCAACAGAUGAUUGGGAUGAAGUGGAAAAAAUUGUUAAAAAAGUUAUUAAAAGUUAA